AUGACGAUGAACGCCAGCAAUCCGGUCGUCAAUGGCCCCGACGUAUCCUCCACGCAGGAGACUGUCGGCGACAUGAUGCCAACAUCGCACAUCUCCAUGUCGUGGCCGUCAGUACCCAUAGUGCUUGCUAUCUUCCUAGGCUACCUUCUUCUCUGUCAAUCUCUUCGCUUCUACCACAUCAACGCCCUCCAGAAACGCCUUGGCUACACUGAUCGCGCCUCCCUGGCGGGUAUGAGCAACGACGAUGCCCAAAUCAUUCCCAAGCACAUCAUGGAGCGCGACUUUCCCAUAUACGAAGACACAGUCGUCAUCUUCGGCGAGUUUUCUAUCAAUCCUCCAACCUCGACACGCGCCCUCAAAGCCAUUGCCCGCAUGAACUAUCUCCAUGCCCCCUACAAGGCCGCCUCGAAAAUUUCCAACGAGGACUUUCUCUACACUCUUUCCACCUGCGUCACAGAGCCCAUUCGCUUCAUGCGGCUCUAUGAAUGGAGGGCCCUCACCGACGCCGAGGUCUGCGCUUUAGGCACAUUUUGGAAAGCCAUUGGCGACGCCAUGGACAUUCGCUACGACGGCUAUCUUGAUCGUGCCGGCGCCUGGCGCGACGGUAUCGACUUUGCCGAGGAUAUCACCGCCUGGGCCAAAACGUAUGAGCUUCAGGCCAUGAAACCCUCUCGCUCCAACAUUAAGCCAAGCCGUGAGCUUGCUCGUCUCAUGAUCUGGCACGUACCUGGGUUUGUGAAACCGUUCGCUGUUCACGUCCUUACUGUCCUUAUGGGCGACCGCGUCCGCGACGCCUUCAUGUAUCCCGAGCCGCCCAUCUCAGCAGCCCUCUUCGCCUACCUCGCGCUUGCCGUCCGCCGCCUUGUCGUCCGCCACCUCUGCCUCCCCCGCCUAUUCCCGAAACGGUACUUCUCAAAAGAGGACCCUGCCACGGGCCGCGUGAAUCACUACACUUACCUCGUCCACCCCUACUACAUCCCCGCCACCCUCUGGACACGCUUCGGCCCCAUGAGUUGGCUGACACGCGCGGUCGGUGGCUUCCCGCCUGGUGACGUCGACAUGCUGCCGCAGGGCUAUCUAUUCGAGGAAGUCGGACCCGCCAGCGAGGUUGGGGAGGGCGUCGAGGAGAUGGCAGAUGGCGUCGAGGCGCUUCGAGCGAGGAAAAGGGGCCGGUGCCCCUUUUCGUGA